AUGCUCGCUGCGGCUGCCGUCUCGCACUUCGUGGAUGAGGUGGUCAUGAUUGACAAAGAUGCCGCUUUGAGCGGCUCUGGCAGCGAAAAAAAUCUCCGUGAGGAAUUUUCCGCCUCGUCAGCCAAGUUGGUAGAGCGAGCAAAGAUGCGCAAGGGGGUGCCGCAGUACAUCCAACCCCAUGGCCUGCUCUGCAGAGCUGCGCAUUCUGUGGAGCUGCUUCUGCCCGGGUGGCAGCAGCUUGCCAAAGACUUGGGCAGGAUGGAGUCCAGCCCGGGGCGAUGGAAGACGUGGUACAGGGGUGCAUGGACGCACCACCCAGUGGACAACACUGGGCUCUUUACCCUCAUGGGCUCGCGCGCACUCAUCGAGGAGAGCAUCCGCGCGCGGCUGACGGCGCUGCGGCCAAACGUGCACAUUCAUGGCGGCUGCUGGGCGGCUGCCCCGCUGUGGAGCACCGACGGCAGCUGCCUGGAAGGGGUGGUGACUAAGGCCGGGCAGGAGUACCGGGCGGAUUUGGUGAUUGACGCGGCCGGCCGCCGUUCGCCGGUGCCGGGGUGGCUGGAGGGCGGGGGUUACGCCCCUCCCCCAGAGGUGGAGGUGGACCCCCAUGUCACCUACUCCUCCCGCUUAUAUAGGCUGCCCCCCCAGCACAAGCUGAGCAAGGACUGGGAUGUGAUAUACAUUCGCCCCACAGCGCCCAUCACUCGAGGCGGCCUGCUGCAGAAAAUAGAGAACGGAGCAGUUUUGGGUUGUGUGUGGGGAUACAGCGGGGAUCACCCACCACAGGACGAACAAGGCUUCCUCGAUUUUAUCGCCUCCCUGGAAGUCAAGGACAUGUAUGAGGCUGUCAAGGAUGCAGAGCCCCUGACAAAACCGGUGGCAUACUCUGGCAUGACUAAUCUGAGGCGCCUCUACGAAGACAUCCCCAUGCCUGGCCGCCUGGCCGUCGUGUACGGUCAGGGCAUCUGCGUGGCUGCUGUCGAGGCAGAGACCAUGCAGAAAUUGCUGCAGGAGAAGGCAGGGGAUUUGGGCAAGGUUACAGCAGCUGAUCUGGGCUCAUUGGCCUCUCAGUACCAGGCGCUGGCCAAGCACAUUGUGGACUUCCCCUUCUCAGCCACGACGGGAGAGAGGCCCAAGAAGGGACCAAUGGAGAAGCUGAUGGGCAGCUACCUGGAAGAUCUCAUGAAGCUGUCAAUCCGGGACCUGGCCGUCUUCAAGUCCGUCCAGGAGGUGCUGCAGCUGAUGACUACGCCUGACUCACUGGUCCGGCCGGAGCUGAUCGCCAAAGUGCUGCGUAUGCAUGUCAUGAGACAGCUGUCUGCACAGCCCUGA